UGCCUGGAGUAGACACACAAGUCUAACCAACGCUUGAGUAAUUACUAUGGCAAAGCAAGCUAUUAUCCUAUUGGCCGUGCUCCUGUGCGCCCACGCCGUCUUCGGUGUGACCGUCAUCACCAAGUCGCAGUGGGGAGGACGUGCACCCAGCAGCAAGACCACCUUGGCCAACAAGCUGAGCUACGCUGUGGUCCAUCACACCGCUGGCAACUACUGCUCCACCCGCGCUGCCUGCGAGAAGGAGCUGAAGAGCAUCCAGAACUACCACAUGAACAGCCUGGGCUGGUCCGACAUUGGCUAUAACUUCCUGAUCGGCGGUGAUGGCAAUGUCUAUGAGGGUCGCGGCUGGAACGUUAUGGGUGCUCAUGCCACCAACUGGAACUCCAAGUCUCUGGGCAUCUCCUUCCUGGGCAACUACAACAACAACAAGAUGACCGCUGCUCAAAUCAAUGCCGCCAAGGGUCUCUUGGCUGAUGCCGUCUCCCGUGGCCAGAUCGUCUCCGGCUACACUCUGUACGGCCAUCGUCAGGUUGGCUCCACCGAGUGCCCCGGCACCAAUGUCUGGAACGAGAUCCGCACCUGGGGUAACUGGAAGGCUUAAGCUCAAGCUUUGGCUACCACGAGUAUUAAAUUUUCUUUCAAAAUUGCUGCAUAAUAAAAAAAAUUAUUAAAAAAAAAAUACAA